AUGGGUCGGGGAAUAGCAGAGGAAGCGCUAGUCCUUCUUCGUAGAAGACUAUGUGAUCUCAAUUUCAUCUUCUCCCUCUUCUCCGAUUCUCCCGACAACAACUACAGUAAGUUGAAAUUUAUCGUAUCAAAUUCGGUAAUUGAGGCUGUAACAAUUCGAUACUGCUUCAGGGUCCUCGAGGAUGCAGAAAAAUUGCGGUUGAAGAUCUUCAAUGGUCAGUUUGAAGAGCUUCAUCAAAGACAAUCUCAGUGGACCGUUCCUGACAUAGAGCUUAGAGAGUCUAUCAGACUGGCAGUUGUUGAAGUCUUGUUGCCUGUAUACAGAUCUUUCAUUAAAUGUUUUGGUUACAAGGCACUUGUUGAGAAUGGGAAGAAUCCCAUUAAGUACAUAAGGUCCUCUCACAGAGGAGGAUGCUAUUGUAGAUAUAAUGGGACGACAUUAUCAAUUCGUAUCUUCAAUUCAGUCUCGUCUAAAGCAAUGGAUGAUCCAUUUGUGGUUCUAGAAACUACAUCAACUCCUAUCACAUCACCCCCAAGUGUUUUUAUUGAUCCAUUGGAAACAGUUCACAAGAUGAAUGAAGAAAACUUCACGGAAAUAAAUAGGAGAACAAAAAGACGAUAUCUUAAACAUUUUCAUCAUGGAAUGCUUGAAAUCAGAAAAAGACGAUAUGUUAAGUUGUACAAGUUGAAACUGGAAUGUCUACGAAAAGAGCAGCCUCUGGAAGAUGAAAUUGUUUUGGAGUUGGACCAAAUAGAGAAAGUAUCUGAUAUAGAAGAUACCUUGGGUUACAGGUCUGCUGCUGAACAUGAGCUUCAGGUAUGA